AUGCCAGAAGGUACGCUUGAAGUUAUUGUUGUCGAAGGCCGGGAAUUGAAAGAUCGUGAUAUUGUCGGCCAAAAUGAUGCCUACAUCGAAAUCUAUACGGAGAAGAAGUACAAGCAACGUACAAAAACGAUUUCCAAUACGAAUAAUCCAGUGUGGAACGAGCGAUUUACGUUUAAUGUUCACAAGGGUGAUGAUACAAUUCAUUUUGAUGUAUAUGAUGCUGAUGUCGUUGGCAAAGAUGCGAUAGCUGAUUCUAAUGCAAAACACGAUGAUUUACGACAUUUAACAAUGAAUUCAACAGGUGAUCAACGUUUACCUUGGACCAAGGAGCCUCGCCUAAUAGAAUAUCGAAUGAAAUGUGAAACUUAUUUCAAUAAAAUAUUACAAAGUCUUAUUAAAACAAAUGGUACAAUUAGUGCUUUAUCUUGGCUCUAUGAUAUCUAUCCACUAUGGGAUUAUAUUAAUUUAGGAGUGUACAAUUGUGUACCAUUUGUAUUGAUGGUUAUAUUCAAUUGUGGUGUGAUUUAUCAUUUACUUCGUCUUAGAAGUACGACAAGCAUUCAAAAUUCUCGAAUUCAACAUCGAUCUAUUUCAAUUACAUUGGUCAUUACAACAUCUCUCUUUUUAUUUAUGACCGUACCGUCAACUGUAGCUUUUGCAUUUUUUUCCUCAUCAGAUGUUGGUCUUUUACGAUUCUUCGACUGUUUACUUUAUUCACAUCAUAUAUUAUCAUUUCCGUUGUAUAUGAUUACAUUUGAUGAAUUUCGACAAGAAUUUUUUGACAUGCUUGCAUGCAAGACAAAUAAUCGCAGAGUUACACCACAAGCACAAACUGGUACUGUAACACAGAUAUUCAAUAUAAGAAAACCUGUGACAAAUACUUAA